UAGUAGACAAGGGAGGGGGAGGAUCGAAGGGCUGCUCUGCUGCAGCGGAGGAGGGAGGGAUUUGGGGAGGGAUUUGUGUGUCUUCUCAUUUGUGAUGCAGUGGCGAUCUCGACAUCGCCGAUGCAUGCAAAUCAAUCCUGGUCGGGGAGCAACAGCAACAACAACAACGACAACAACAGCAACAGCAACAGCAGCAACAACAAAACCCUCCCCCUCGCCUCUGCUUGGCUUCCGUCCUUGCUUGCUUCCACGGCCACCCCCUCCUCUUCCGCGCUCUUCUUCUUCGUCUUCUCAUUCAUUCAUUCAUUCCUCUCUUCUACUUCCCACUUCUACCGCACUUCAAUUGCCCCUCUGCCGUCUCUCUCUCGCCGUCUACCCUACCACGUCUGGCGGCCGGGUUUUGGAGACAUCCCUACUGUUGGCGGCUGUAACAUCCUUGGACUUCUUUCCCGCCUACCUCUUUCCCAUAGGUCUUUUCAAGCAUAAUUCACAUGACAUCAUCAUCUUCGCGAAAGAUGGUUGAAUGGGCUCAUAAUGUAAAGGAGUCUGGUCCAGUAGUGUCUGCCCGAAUUAGUCUACCUAAGGUGAAUGCGGAGAAGGCGAGGUCUUUAAAAUUUGGGAGAAGUGAUAGAGAGGGGGGAUGGAUAGCGCGGUAUUAAAUGACAUUAUAGGGCGACUGCUCGAUGUGCGGACGGAGCGGCCGGGCAAGCAAGUGCAGCUUUCAGAGGCUGAAAUUCGCCAGCUUUGCGUUGCAUCCAAGGACAUAUUUUUGUCCCAGCCUAAUCUGCUUGAGCUGGAGGCCCCAAUUAAGAUCUGUGGUGAUAUCCAUGGUCAAUACUCUGACCUUUUGAGGUUGUUUGAAUAUGGUGGCUUUCCACCUGAUGCAAAUUACUUGUUCUUAGGAGACUAUGUUGACAGAGGAAAACAGAGUCUAGAAACCAUCUGUCUCCUCUUGGCAUAUAAAAUCAAAUACCCAGAGAAUUUCUUUUUGUUAAGAGGUAACCAUGAAUGUGCAUCAAUCAACCGAAUUUACGGCUUCUUCGAUGAAUGUAAACGUCGUUUUAACGUACGGCUGUGGAAGACGUUCACGGAUUGUUUCAACUGCCUGCCCGUGGCUGCCUUGAUUGAUGAGAAAAUUCUUUGCAUGCAUGGAGGCCUUUCUCCAGAACUUAAGAACUUGGACCAGAUUAAGAAGAUAGCACGCCCUACAGAUGUUCCUGAUUCAGGCUUGUUGUGUGACCUUCUAUGGGCGGACCCUGAUAAAGAUGUGGCUAGAUGGGGAGACAAUGACCGAGGUGUCUCUUUUACAUUUGGUCCAGACACAGUCUCAGAGUUCUUACAAAAACAUGACUUGGAUCUCAUCUGUCGAGCCCAUCAAGUUGUGGAGGAUGGUUACGAGUUUUUCGCUAAGCGCCAACUGGUCACUAUCUUCUCUGCACCAAAUUAUUGUGGUGAAUUUGAUAAUGCGGGUGCAAUGAUGAGUGUAGAUGAUUCUCUCUUGUGCUCGUUUCAAAUCCUUAAACCAGCAGAAAAGAAACAAAAAUUUGUUGCAUAUGGCAGCAAUGGUUCUCGACCUGGAACACCACCUCGUGGGGCUAAGGGAUAAUGCGAAAUGGUGCUCGUGAGCUUGGAAAUUAAAUACCUAUAGUGAGCACCUUUGAAACUGAUGCCUUAUCUUCCUGAGGCUCUGUUGAGGGAUUACAGCGACUGAGCGGAUCUGCUCUUUGGAACAGCUUUACCAAGUGGGAAACCGAAAUGGUUCGUCGCGUAGCUGGAGUUUGUGUCCAGCAGAAAGUUGAGCAUGACCUCAUAGACACAUACUCAUAUGCAUGCAUACAAUGCAUUCACAUAUUAGCAAUAGUUAUUUUGGAAAAUGGAGUAGUAUCUUUGGGAGUGCGGUGGUACACAUAUCCUAAUUCUGCACACUUGCGUAUGCAAGAGGUUUGCUUGGAGGAGAUUGAGGACGGUUGGGUGUGAAAUGUCUAGGUGGUGGUCUGCAGCAGAGUAGUUAUGCCUAUCUUAAUUAAUGUACAUUAGGGAACGAGAGCACCCAGUUCAACUCACUUCACCUCAUAUUCACUUUAGUUAUACUUUCCGCUGUUACUUGUAUUGCAACUUGCAUUCUACUUGAUUGGAGUUACUAUACUGUCGUUGAUUACUGUGUGUA